UCCAAGGGGGCGGGGCUGAGCUAAGUUAUAAAAGUAUAUGCAUGUCCAGAGAAAGCUAGUGAAAAUCGAGAGUGAAAAUGCCUGUAACAAGAGAAGAUAUCACCUACUGCACAGUGACCAACAAGGCAGGCACUAAGCUAGGUCUGACCUCCCUGGGAGCUACGAUCACAGAGCUGGUCCUGCCUACAGGUGUGGAUGUUGUGCUUGGCUACAAAGAUGUGAAUGACUACAGAACAAAUCCCUUCUAUCUUGGCUGUUCCGUUGGUCGAGUUGCUAAUCGAAUUAAAAUGGCUACGUUCGUUUUGGAUGAGAAGACGUACCAUGUGACAGCCAAUGCUCCACCCAACUCACUACACGGUGGCACGGUUGGAUUCAACAAGGCCAACUGGUGUGUAGCUGACCUUGGAGAGCAGAGUGUCACUAUGACGCUACUGAGCCCCAGUGGUGACCAAGGUUACCCGGGUACUGUGGAGACCACUGUAGUCUACACACUGACUGACUCCAAUGAGGUGGUGAUAGAGUACACUGCUAAGCUGAGCCCUGAUGGUGACCAGGCAACCAUUAUCAACCUCACCAAUCACACCUACUUUAAUCUGGACGGCAAGGACACUGUUCUGAAUCAUCGCCUGACUGUGAACAGUGACAUGUACACUCCGCUGGAUAGUGACUUGGUCCCUACCGGCUCCAUAGCAUCUGUGAAGGGCACGUUUCUUGACUUCACCACACCCACUCUGAUUGGCGAGAGGAUCGAGGCAGCAGGUGGCUAUGACAUCAACUAUGUCAUGAAAGACAACAAGAUUGUGCAUCCUAGUGAACCUUCACUGAAGCACUUUGCAACACUGAAGGGCUCCUGCACUCUCAAGGUGUACUCUGACCAGCCGGGGGUGCAGCUGUACACUGGUAACUUUCUGGAUGGGGAGCAGAGUGGUCCGGGGAAGGAUGGCCGACCUCUAAUCAAACAUGGCGGUGUGUGUCUGGAGACGCAGGCCUGCCCUAACGCUAUCAAUAUCCCCGGGGCGGAGGGUCAGGUGAUCCUGAGAGCAGGACAAGUGUACAAGAGCAAAACUCUAUGGGAAUUCUCAUGAACAGUGAUGAUAAUAGUGAACCAUAGGUAUCUAUAACUGGUGGACAUUGUAUUUUGUAUUUUUGUAAUUGAUUUUUGCUUUUUGUUGACUUAGUGU